AUGAUCGUGACGCGGCAUAUGUUCAUCCUGAACACUCAGGAGCAUCCAGAAUGUGGAGAAGGUGGUUAUCGGAGAACUUCUCCUCCCUUCACUUCGCCGGCACGUCGACGAGACGCUCGUCCGGCGGGUUCUCGGAGGCUUGUCGCUCGCUCACUCGCUGGUUCGACGCACACCUGUUUAUACACCACUGGUUGCCGAUUUACUUAA